GGCAGCUCGCACCGACAUGCUGGAACCGCGCUGGCGCCCCGUGCAGGGUCACCUAGGCGAUAACCCAUUCGAGACGGGUUCCUGGGCGAAGGCUCACUUCUCAACACACGCAGCGCCCUGGCAGACGUCUUCACUUCGCACAGGACAUGGUCGGCCCACAGAUGAUGGCAUGAUGGAUCAUGAAACAGACGGUGACGGCGCCAUCAACCUGUCUACAUCGCAGCGACCAUCUGCGGCUACAACACCUAACGGCAGCAUCGAGUACGAUGACCACGACCAGGAAAGUACAGGUGACCAUGCAAGCAGUGAUCGAUUCAACUACCUCACACUGAAGUCUGUGCAACAACAGCAGCUGGCUGAACUUGGAAUGAAGCAAUUACAGCAAGCAAUGCAGCAGUUACAAGAACAGCUGCAACUGAAUGUCAUACAGCAGACACACCUACUGCAGUCAGGGGACAAAAAGAAAGCUUCAGGCCCUUUGCAACAGUUAGCACUGCAACAACAGCAACUCAUGCAGCAGUUACAAAUCACACAACGACAGUAUUUACUGCAGCAGGGUAUUGGCAUUCAACCAAUGGUGCUUGCUCAAGCUCAGGCACAAAGUGCAGCAGUGACAUCAGAUGUACCAAAUCCUUGGAAAGAACCACCUUCUGAAAACCAUGACACACAUCACAAUGUUUCGGCACAUAAAAAUGUCCCAGGAAUCAAUGGACUUCUGGGAACUAUAGGGUUGGGCCGCAGGGAUAGCAUGAAUGGAGUUGCUGGUGUUGGAGAGGAGAAGCUUCUUGAAAGUUGUGGGGACAAAAUGCAUCCACUUUAUGGUCAUGGGGUCUGCAAGUGGCCUGGCUGUGAAGUUAUAUGUGAUGAUUUCCAGUCCUUUCUCAAGCAUCUAAACACAGAACACACGCUAGAUGACAGAUCUACAGCACAGGCAAGAGUGCAGAUGCAAGUUGUAUCUCAGCUCGAGCUUCAGCUGCAGAAGGAGAGGGACAGGCUGCAAGCCAUGAUGCAUCACCUUCAUAUGACCAAGCAACAAGCAUCUCCCGAACCAUUAAAAACAGAGGCAAGUACGGGGCCAAAUCUCUCAAAACUUAACCUUUCCUCUGUUCUCCUUAACCAACCCCCACACUCAAUGCCAUCUUCAGUCAGUCAGCCUGUUUCUAUGUCAUCUCUGGUGUCUGCAGUCCGAUCUCCAAUUCUCCAGCCUCCUACUCCAAACAUUAGUGGACCAAUCAGAAGGCGAAUAAGUGAUAAAUCUGCUCUGUCACUUGCUGGAGGGCUACCAUAUAUGCUGGAACGUGCAGGACUUGAUGUUCAACAAGAAAUUCAGAGAAACAGAGAAUUUUACAAGAAUGCUGAUGUGCGACCUCCAUUUACAUAUGCAUCGUUAAUACGACAGUCCAUCAUUGAGUCACCAGACAAACAACUUACGUUAAAUGAGAUCUACAAUUGGUUUCAAAAUACUUUCUGCUACUUUCGUCGUAAUGCAGCAACGUGGAAGAACGCGAUCCGCACCAAUCUGUCACUGCACAAGUGUUUUGUGCGCUAUGAAGACGACUUUGGCUCCUUCUGGAUGGUGGAUGAUGCGGAGUUUGUCAAGCGACGCCAUCUUUCUCGUGGUCGUCCCCGGAAAUAUGACCCCACCCCAUCACCCACUCCACCCCACCUCUCCGCCGCACAGGGUGUGCAGUCAAAAAGUCCCACCCUGAUACACAGCCCAACAUUAUAUGGAGAUGCGCUGAAUACGAGUCUUCAAAAUGUCCAAUGCGAGAAUUACUCAGAGGCUGCCCUGGGAGAAAGCAAUAUGGGAUUCGUCAACAACUCAAUGAGUACGUCAACAGCAACUAGUCCAGAAAAGGUCCCAUCACCAGCAACAGAACACAGAUCUUCGGUGGAUGGAUCACUCAUGCAUAUCAAGCAAGAGGCCUUGCAGACACCAUCUAUGAAUCCUGACAAUGAUGGUCUUGUCCAUUUAAUCAAGAGGGAGAUAAUGGAGCAUGGAAUAGAUGCUGAAGAGGUGGAGGAAGUUGGGGAGGAGCGAGAUUUUGUACCUGGAGCUACAGUGGGGAUGCAGCUGGAUCAUGGACAUGAAUCUGAAGAGCCAGACGAGAUGGCUGAAGACUUAUCUAUGGUUCCAGAUGUGUCUGAAGAAAAUCUGGAAGCAUAGUUGAGAAAAUCGCAUCCUGAUUUUAAUCAUAUCCACUUUUUAAUGUGAAUGAUACUGUUAACAAAAAAGUAAAUGUAUCGUGUAUGGCCACAAAUGUGGUGCAAUGAAUUUGAAAGACAGUGCAGGAGUUAAUUCAUAUCUGUGCGGAAAAAACGAUUAUUUCAAAAACACUCGUGUUGUAUAUUAAAACAAAAUGUCCGUAUCAAAAUGAAAAAAAAAAAAAAAAACUAUAGAUUAUUUCCUGGCUGUG